GAGAGAGAGAGGGAGAGGGAGGUGGAGAGAGUGAGACACUAGCACUGCAGGACUGAGCUGCUCCCCUUAUUGACUGUGGCACAUUUAACAGACUCUUAAUUGAUAGUUGAUUGUGGUAGGACGCAGUGAUCACAUACCAGCAGACUGAAUCUUUUGCGAUUAACUUCUUCAUUGACAUGGGGGCUGUGAUAGAGUGAAGGAGGAAGGAUUUCAGCAUGGAAACAGAUUCAGCUGCCAAAGCCACAAUUAAGAAGCAGGCACUGGCUACCAGAAGGAGAGGAAUGCGUGCGUUGGCACACGGUUUUGAAAGAGAGAAGGACGUUUUACACUAGAUUGCAAAGUCAAGCCAUGGCACAUCUCACACAUACGCUGGAAUUCCAUGAUGGUACCUGCUAACCUCCUGGUUCUGAUGUUUCUGCUGAUACCUCAAGCCUGGUCGAGCCCCGAUGGUGAAUCGAGCAGCGAGCCCCCCCAGCCUGCCCUGGAGCCCAGCCUUGCCCAGGCCAUCCAGACCCUCCUCCUGACACGACUGGGCCUGCGGAGCCUCCCGACACCCCACCCCGGAGUCCUGAUCCCUCAGUACCUGCUCCACCUCUACCACUUCCAUUCCCAGGAGUUCCACCUCAUCCAGGACUCGGGGUUCGUAUUCCCAGCCGGGCACACCCAGAGCGCCAACACUGUGCGUGGCUUUCAUCACCUGGAGGCCCUUGAAGACUUGUCUUCCAGUCCACUACAGGAGACCCAGCAGUUCCAUUUCACUUUCAACGUCUCAUCUGUUCCUCAAGAUGAGCAAGUGACGUCAGUCGAGCUCCGCUUCUAUCGCCGAGACAACUUGGGCCACACAGACUCUGGUUUACAAAGGGUUAACUUAUAUCACAUCCGUAAUCACAACCCCACUCCUCACUCUAAGAAGAAUGCCCAGCUUCUGGAAUCCAGACUGCUGACACACAACCCCGGUUCCAACCAGUGGGAGAGCUUCAACGUCAGUUGUGAAGUCUUCGACUGGGUUGGCAGAAGAUCUGGGAACUUGGUUUUCAUGGUGGAGGUAAUUCACCUUAAUGGGAGCCACCCUUAUCUGAAACAGAGAGGACAUCUUCGAGUCAGACGAUCUGUGGACCAGGAUGAGCCUAGCUGGGCUCACGAGAGACCCUUACUGGUCACCUACAGCCAUGAUGGGCGAGGGCAGCCUUUGACAUCCAAGGUCACAAAAAGGCACGGCAAAAGCCAGCACUUUGUUCCAAAGGUGAAAGGUUGGGUGAAAGGCCAGGAGAGGGCCAAUGGACUCGGACCUGAUGGGAAAAGAGUAAAAAGAAACGGGAAAAGGAACCAGAAACUAAAAAAGUUAGCAAUGGCUCGUUGCAAAAGACACCCCUUGUUUGUCGAUUUUAAGGACGUGGGCUGGAAUCAAUGGAUCGUUGCUCCCAGUGGGUACCAUGCCUACUAUUGCCAAGGGGAAUGCCGCUUCCCUUUAGCAGACCACAUGAACUCCUCGAGCCAUGCAAUGGUCCAGACUUUGGUGAACUCGGUCAACCGCAAGGUACCACGCGCCUGCUGUGUCCCGACCGAGCUCAGCUCCAUCGCCAUGCUCUACCUGGACCAACACGAACGCGUGGUCCUCAAGAACUACCAGGAGAUGGUGGUGGAGAGCUGCGGCUGCAGAUAAAAGCCAGAUGAUGUGGUCAUAGGGGUCGUACCAGAGCACAACGCCAGCAAACACAGCAGCACCCAGGUCAAACGCAACAUGACUGCAUUCAAACUGUUCUGUAAAGUAUUUAUUCAUAAUAAAUUUGUUUCAUAAUGAUUGUUCACAGUUAGCACAUAUGCAAAACAGUAUUACCUGUACAAAAGUGAACAUUCUCACCACGGUUGCCACCUGUGUACUACUCGCUGUUGCAAAUUUCUUUUAAAACACAGCUUUCAUAUGUUUAUCCAUUAAUCAACCUGCAGGGGCAUAAUGAUUCACUGUGAUACUUUCUUUACAUGAUAUAUUGUAUCAUAAGAGUGUGUAUAUAUAUAUAUAUAUAUAUAUAUAUA